AUGCUCCGCCAAAAGCCACAAAAAGUCGACCUUCUCAUCCUCGGCGCCGGAUGGACGUCAACUUUCCUCAUCCCGCUCCUCGAGACCGAAAAAGUCUCGCACGCCGAAACAACGACAACAGGCCGAGACAACACCAUACCCUUCCAAUUCGACCCAUCCUCCACUUCCACAGACCCUUACGAGAAUUUACCCACAGCGUCCACCAUCCUGAUUACAUUCCCUCUUAAAGGGCAGGGCCAAUCCAAGCGUCUUACGGACCUAUACCGCUCCGUGCACGGCGAAACUAAUAACUGGAUCCAAUUAGGCUCGACUUUCAUAUUCGAUCAAGUAACCGGAUGGAACGAUGAAAACUCUCCUUAUGACAAGAGCGAUGCGCGGGCAAUCGCCGAAGAUGAGCUGAUGGAAUGCGUUGGUGGGUGCGCACUCGAUCUCGUGGGGCUGUAUGGUGGCACGCGCGUGCCGCGGACAUGGAUCCCGCGCCUCGCGAAGUGCAAAGACGAUGUAAAAAAGAGAUCGAAUGUACAUUUCGUGCACGGAGAGGAUGUCGCGCGUGCGAUCUUGCUGACGCAUCGUAACUUUACGAGGGCGAAGCGGUGGAUUGUUGCUGAUACUAGGUCGUAUGAUUGGUGGGAUCUGAUCCUAAGCUUCAGUGCUAUGGCGGAGGGUGGGGAGGGGGUGAUGAGGGAGACGGAGGAGCAGAGGGAACAGAGAUUGACGUUUGGGAAGUGGGUUGGUGAGCUGAUGGCUGAAGAGGGUGUAAGGGCGCUGCCUCGGGACGUCUCAUCGUUCGAGCGGAGGAUAGAUUCGAGGGGGUUUUGGAAGUUUCAUGGCGAGUGGCCAAAGCAUGCGAGACUUGCUUGA